UGUUCGAGAGGUAGUACUUGGUAGAUACAUAAACAUAAGUAAUUCACUGAAACUAGUAUAUAUAUAUAAUUAGCGUAUGAAUAAUGUGUAUGGGGUAUAGAUGACAAAAAUGGAUAUGCUUUUUAUGGGUGUAAUUUGACGAGACACUUUGCUAACUUGGCAUUUGCUGUGAUAUUCAGAAACUGUAGGCAUCUUUUCCGGAAUUUCUGACUAACUAGUACAUCUAUUUCUGGACGGCAGAUGGGUGUUGAGCAAUCACACGAAACUCACCCGUCAUCGACCAAAGACCACAUCGAUGGUUGCAGGUACUGGGCGGACUUUGAUAAUGAUUAUUUUGCUAAAGGUACUUACCGCUAUGCUUUUCGCGGUACUGUGCACGGGGAGGGACCCAGGGACGGCAGUCUGUGCGUAACAAAAGUCUUCAAGAAAAAAUAUGCCAAAUAUUUCGAUAAAUGGCGACCAGAUUUAGCGGCAAGCUCGAAAGCUCAGAAAUUUGCCGCAAUUUUCUCAUCAAACGUUUUGCCUCUUCUAAGAAACUACGUUACAACACAGGAGAUAGAGUUUGUAGUUCCGUUAGUAGCCAAAAUGGACACUCUAUCGCAUUUCAAAGUGCUAGGCCUGUUUCCGGUGAACGAGGACAAGACGUACGUGGAACCCUGUGAAUAUGUAGCUAUUGAACCCUUUUUACAUGGAGAAUUUGAGAAAUUCAAUUCAAACGGAGGCUAUGAGGAUGAAACGGCCGCCGUUUUAAACGCGUUUAGUCACUGGACAUGGUCCGUAAGUGGACAUAAAUUUCUCGUCUGCGACUUACAGGGUGUUCAAAAUGGACGCAAAUAUGUACUCACUGACCCUUGUAUACAUUCAGUUGACGGUAGGUUCGGGAUGACAGACCUCGGUGUGGUUGGUAUGGAAACAGUAUUGUCAAAUCACGCGUGUAACGCAAUUUGUCAUAAACUUGGACUUGAAAAUCCACUCAGUGGUGUUGACCUAGGCACGCGCAGGUCGCGUGCCACUCAGUACAUCUUCCAACUCUCGGACACGGAUCAUUUCCGGGCAGCUGAAGCUCGGACACAUUAUUUUACCUUGGUAGAUCCUAUUGUGCAGUGAGUGUAGAA